ACUUAUAUUUCUACUUCCGCUAAUUUGGGAGAACUACAAAGCCGAAAACAAGAAGUGUUGGAUAAUGUUCGAGACCUUCGCCGACAAAAUGCCUUAAAUGAGGCUAUUCAAGGGAUUAAAAAUGCUCUGAGUCAGCAACCGGUCAUUGAAAAUGAGGAAUUAAGAGAAAUCAAACAAAAAAAAGCCAAAAAAGAAAUCACUGGUAAAUUGGAUGAGUUAAUUCGUCAAGCCCAGACCGCCAUUACCAACAACGAUUUAGUAACUUUAGAGAAAUUACUCAACCAAAUUGAAACCUAUCAGAGCGACUCUGCCUAUGAGGAGAGAAAAGCUGAUAUUGAAAGAUUAUUCCAACAAUUAGCCGCUGUCAGUUUGCCGAAAUAUCGUGAAUUGACUAUCAAUUCGCUGGAUGAAUUUUUACGGCAGGACCCACCUCUGUCGUUGGACGAACUAGAGAAAGCGAACCAAAAUUUUGCUGAACAAAUCAAAAGUGCGAGUAGCGCGGAGGAAAUUAAAAAUAUUAAAAAUUCGGUCUCUAAUAAUAUCAACCAAGGACGAAGCAACAAAAUAGUAUUUAAUUUGAUUAAUCAAGCCAAACAGGCUCGGACUGAGGAGGAAAAAUCAGCCGUUCGGCAAAAAAUUUCCGAAUUGGAAAAUAGUGGUAACCGAUGGAUAAAGGCUGCUUUGGAAGCCAAAAAAGACGAAUUGCAACAAAUUGUCAAUUCCUGGAUUCUGGGGGAAAUCCCAAGCAAUACUAACUCGCCUCCUUCUAAUGACAAAAAGCCCAACGACAAUUUACCAUUAAUUAUUUUCUUAGUGGUGGUGAUCGGAGGAAUAGUAAUUGUUGGAG